AUGUCAGCUGUCAAUGACACCAAAUUCACACCUGCAGUCUUCCUUCUCACUGGGAUACCUGGGCAGGAAGACAUCCAUCUCUGGUUCUCUGUCCUCUUCUGCUUCAUGUAUGCUAUUUCCAUAGUAGGAAAUUCAGUCAUUCUGUUCAUUAAAAAAACAGAUCCAAUCCUCCAUGAGCCCAUGUACAUUUUCCUUUCCAUGUUGGCCAUCACAGACCUUGGCUUAUUGAUAGCCACCAUGCCAACGAUAUUGGGCCUAUUCUUGUUUAAUUCUAGAGAGAUCAGCCUUGAUGCUUGUUUUGCCCAGAUGUUCUUCAUCCACUCUCUGCAAAUCAUUGAAUCUUCUUUGCUCUUGUUGAUGGCAUUUGACUGCUUCCUCGCAAUCUGUAACAUGCUGAGAUAUGCCUCCAUCUUAAUCCUGCCAAGAAUAGCCAAGAUGGGACUGGUGUUUGUGCUAAGAGCAGUGGCAGUAAUAUUUCAACUCCCCUUUCUCCUGAAACGGUUCCGAUUCUUUUCAGCCAAUAUCCUUUCCCAUUCCUACUGCCUGCACCAGGACGUCAUGAAGCUGGUUUGUUCGGACAUCACAGUCAACAACAUCUAUGGCUUGUUUCUUACAGUCAUAACGGUGGGGUUGGACUCACUGUUCAUUUUCCUCUUUUAUGUGAUGAUCCUCAAAGCAGUGCUGAGCAUCACCUCCCCCACAACAUGCUUUAGGGCCCUGAACACCUGCCUCUCCCACCUCUGCGCCGUCCUGCUCCUCUGCAUGCCAGAGUUCAGUCUGUCUGUCAUGCACAGAUUCUGGAAGAGCUCUUCUCCUUGCUUCAAAUUAUCCUGGGCUACAUCUACUUGCUGGUUCCUCCUUUAA